AACAUACAUCACAAUUCACACAGCAGUUGAGCUCAACGAGACAACAACUCCUUUCCGGCGAGGUAAGUAGCAAAAUGGUGUCCGGAUCGGGAAUCUGCGCUCGGAGAGUGGUGGUGGACGCAAGGCACCACAUGUUGGGACGUCUGGCAUCCAUCUUGGCCAAGGAGCUGCUCAAUGGACAGCGUGUGGUGGUGGUCCGCUGCGAAGAAAUCUGCCUCUCCGGCGGCCUUGUCCGUCAGAAAAUGAAGUACCACCGCUUCCUCCGCAAGCGCAUGAACACCAAGCCCUCACACGGUCCCAUCCAUUUCCGUGCACCAUCUAAGAUUCUCUGGCGCACCAUCCGAGGAAUGAUUCCGCACAAGACUAAGAGAGGAGCUGCCGCUCUGGCUCGAUUGAAGGUCUACGAGGGUGUUCCUCCGCCGUAUGAUAAGGUUAAGCGAAUGGUUAUACCUGAUGCCCUUAAGGUUUUGAGGCUCCAGGCUGGGCAUAAGUACUGCUUGCUGGGUAAGCUUUCCUCUGAGGUCGGCUGGAACCACUAUGACACCAUCAAGGUUCUAGAGAAUAAGAGGAAGGAGAGGGCCCAAGGAACAUAUGAGAGGAAGAAGCAAUUGACAAAGCUUAGGAUCAAAGCUGAGAAGGCUGCAGAGGAGAAACUUGGUUCCCAACUUGACAUCCAUCCUUACCUCGGUUAAGUACUAAAUAAGGAUCAUGGAAUGUUUUAGCAGAUAAUAUAUUUGAGCAGAGAUAUUGUUGUGUUUGUAUUGCAAUUUUUUGGUUACCUACAACGAAUUAUUUGUUUGCAGUUGUUUUUCA